GUAAAACUCCGGGGUUUCUCCGAUAUCGAUAACGGAUAUUUUGUUCGACCCUCGACUCACAUUGUCCCGCAUUCACCACCAAGAUUUGCCCACUCAAUUACACAAUGCCACCCAGAGCAAGAGGAAGAGGAGGCGCGCGUGGCCGAGGCUCAGGUCGAGGGGGAGCGGCAUCCUCUGGCCGCACAGAUACAACCACACAACCCUCAGAGCCUGCAAACGCGGAAGUUGUUGAACCCUCGGAGCCUGCAGUUGUCCCGAUGAAUGAAGGCGGCGCAGAAACAAAUGUUGCGCCUACUGUCGAAUCUCAAUCUACAGCUUCAAUUUCAGCUUCGCCUAUGGCGGCGCCCACCAGUUCCACUGUCAACAGACCUCCAAGACAGAGACUGGACAGUCUGAAAAGUUCCGAACCUGCUUCACGAUCCGCAUCACCUUCCGUACGUCGCGGAGCAUCUACACGAGGGAAAAAGCCCGUAGCUCUUCCAACUUUCAGCGGCCGACGCAGUAAAGAAGAGCGCGACGCCCGUACCGCUGCCGACAAGCAGAGAGAGAUUGAGAGGAAUAAGGAGCGCGAUAGACAAGCUGAGCGGAGAAAAGCUGUAAAAGAGAGAGAUGCUAAACGACUGGCAGAACGAACAUCACGAGGAAGAGGUGGCUACAGCGGAGCUGUUAGUGGACCUUUCUCCAUGCAAAGCGCUCGACAAGACAAAAGAACUGUGCACCGGAAUUUCGGGGGCUCUGGGUCUGGAUCUCGGGCCACACGCGUCAAGGAUGAAGAUGACGGAUCUGGAGGGCCAUCCAGAAGGUUCGGCGGCGCAUCGGGAGGCUCUUACAUCAAGAGAGAAGGCGGUGGAGAGGACUCAUCUGACGACGAGAACGAAGUGGAUGCCCAAUUUCCACGAAAAGACAUCGAUCUUAUCGAAUUGUCCUCCGAUGAAGAGGAUACUAAUGCUGCAUCAAAACUUCGAACACAUCUUCCGGUCCGCAUCGGUAGAAAGGAGCACAAGGAACGUGUAGUGGGAAUCAAUACUGACGCGAGUACGGAAACCUCGGCCAAAAUACUUCAAGAGGCGGAUAAAGCCGGCGAUGCACUACCGACGAACACGAACGGAGACGAAACAUCACACCAAACGAAGGGAAAAGGAAAGGCAAAUGCAAGUGACUUGGAGGUCACAGGAGAGCGAAAGAAUAUUAGAGGCACCGGUCAAGAAUUCGAGGCUGAGGCAAAGAUCAAGUCUGAACCAACCAGCGAUGACGAAGAGAUGGUCGACGCAGAGCAGGUUGGCAUCUCAACAGACACGCCUUCGGUAGCGAAGAAAGAGGAGUCGCCCGCGGCAGAAAGGAAACCAAGAAGGCGCGAAAAACAACCCCAUCUUCAGACAGACGAAGAAAAAGCUGAGUGGGCACGUUUCCAGGCAAACAUGGAACAUGUGAGAGCCGAACUGGGACCAGAGGACGACCCCACUGUCGACGCGUCUGGUGAUGCAACAAUGACCGAUGCGGCAGCUAAUGCUAGCAAACCGAGUCGCCGCGACAACCACGUAUAUCUAUUCCAAUUACCGCCUGUUAUACCCGAACUCAAAGGCCCCUCCAUCAAGAAAGAGUCCUCAAACGGCACAUCCAAGCCUUCCGAGCCUCAGGUCCCAAAGAAUGGUGAGGCCGCGUUGGUUAAGAAGGAAGAAGAAUUCUCCAACCCGCUUGGCAGUAUACCAGAGGGACCAACAUUCGUCAGUGGUCGUGUAGGGAAGCUGCGGGUCCAUCAGUCAGGACGGACUACAUUGAACUGGGGUGGCGUCGAUCUCGAGCUGACACCUGGAAAACCGGCGUCCUUUUUACAAGAAGUUGUGUCUAUCAGCCAUUUUUCGGAAGAACAGCAAGUCGCGCCAGAAGACGGUGGGAAGGUGUCCUGCUUUGGACGUGUCAAGGGAAAAUUUGUUGUCACGCCUGACUUUUCGUCGAUAUUUGGAUGA